GGAAUUGGCAGAGCGACUGCGAUUGCGCUUUCUGCUCAUAAUUGGAGGCUUGUCCUCACUGCGCGAUCUCAGAGCGGGUUAGAAGAGACGGCGAAGCUGUGCACGGGGCUUCCUCCGUACAUCGUUGCUGGCGAUGUUGCAGACGAGCAGACGGUCGUCACGGUUUUCGAAGCAGCUAAACGAGAAUACGGACGCCUUGAUCUACUAUUCAAUAAUGCAGGCAUAGGUACACUCGGCGUGCCAAUGGAGGAACUUCCCGUAUCCAAGUUCCAGGAUGUCAUCAACACGAACAUAACAGGCACCUUCCUUUGUACCCGAGAAGCUUUCAAGAUGUUCAAGAGCCAAGACCCACAGGGAGGACGUGUAAUCAAUAACGGAUCCAUAUCUGCGCAUACCCCUCGACCUCAUAGUAUUGCCUAUACUGCAUCAAAGCACGCGAUAACGGGUCUUACAAAGUCUACUGCGCUUGAUGGACGUGCCUUCAACAUUGCUUGUACUCAAAUCGACAUUGGGAACGCACUCACAAACUUGGCUGCGCAGCUCGAGCAAGGAACACUGCAGCCAAACGGUGAAGUUAAACCCGAAGCUGUGAUGGACGUCAAACACGUCGCCGAUACUAUCGUCCAUAUAGCAAGCCUCCCAAAUGAGGUCUCGGUACUCGAGAUGACAAUUAUGGCAACCGGUAUGCCUUUCGUUGGACGAGGCUGA